AUGAGAAGAGAUCACGGGACCGAACGAGAAGAACAAGACGACAGACUUCCUUCAUUGAACGUCAAUCUUGCAGACAACAGAGCAGGACUGGAUCGGUCUGAGGAGACGCAAAGAUAUGAAGAGGACAAGCCGUCUAAGAUCAACGAAGCUGACUCCGCAGAAGCACCAGUCUACUAUCACGAGAGUAGAGAUUUGUUUGCCGAAGACAUCGAGCAACACCUGGCGGUGUUACCAGAGAUGUCCACUGCGACGGAAGAAGUGACAAUUAAAGACAUUCAGAUUGGCGAUCCGGAUGUUCCUCACACCGAAGAUCAACAAAGACUCAGAUCGCUGAUUUGGAAGAUCCGUCACCUUCUUAUGGGGAAGGGCAGCGCUCUAAUACCAGCUACACGAGGGGCGAUUUGUGAUAUCGAUGUCGGUGGAGCCGCACCAAUUGCGCAAAGAGUCCGUCCGGUCGCACCCGAAUAUCGGGAGAAGCUGUCAGAUCUCAUCAAAGGAAUGUCAGCAGCCAAGACCGUUCAGCCAUCCACGUCACCUUGGGCGUCUCCGAUAGUGGUGAUCAUCAAGAAGAACGGAGUGGAUAUUCGCCUUUGCAUUGCUUAUCGAAGAGUGAACCAGCUGACGCGCCUGAUGGUUUAUCCCAUGCCGUUGAUCAGCGAUCUGCUGGAAUAUCUGGAUAAAGCUCUAUGGUACUGCUCGCUAGACAUGGCUAGUGGAUCCUGGGUCGUCGAAAUGACUGAACGAGCAAAACUGAUCCCAGCGUUUGUCACGCCGUUUGGCUUGUUCGAGUGGCUGCGAAUGCCUUUUAGGCUUAAGAACGUGCCCCAGAUCUACCAACGUCUGGUUGACAAUACUCUGUAUGGAUAUCUCAAGAUCGGCCAGAGAUCAUCUUCUGAUGGCCCGAUCGACUUGUUCAAAGAUGGAGAACCUGAGACAGAUCGACGACCCUCUUUACUGGGACGCCGAUCUUACAUUAACGAUAUUCUCAUACCAGCCACGUCAUGGGAAUCUUUGUACACAAAAGUAUAA